GCUAUACUUAAAAUAGAAGAUUUCUUCGGCGGAUAAACACGUGAUAUGAUAGAUGAGAAAGGAGAUAAUUUUGAAAGGAGUAGAGAGUAGAACCAGAAGCUCGGCUAAAUUAUCUCUCGAAUUAAGUGUAUUUAUCAGAAAGAUUGAGCAGUGAUUGAUCGGGAUCACGUAGCUGCACAUCAGCGGCUAUAUGACGACUACUUCGCAGAGCAGCCGCGGUUUGGAGCCAACCUGUUCAGGCGGCGUUUUAGGAUGCGCAGAGAGCUGUUUAUGCGUAUCGUUGACGGUUUGGAGCGUCGAUAUCGGUGUUUCCGCUUUAGGCACGAUGCGGCUGGUAGACCCGGCCACACCCCUAUUCAAAAGUGCACUGCGACAAUCAGACAGUUGGCCAACGGAGGCGCGCCAGACAUGUGGGACGAGUACAUCCACAUCAUUGAGACGACUGCCCUGCAGUGUCUGAAGUAUUUUUGUGAGGGCGUCGUUGAAAUAUUCCAGGACCAAUAUCUUCGAAGCCCUACCCCCGAAGACUGUCAGGAUCUGAUGCAAAUGCACGGGGAGAAGCAUGAGUUCCCGGGGAUGUUAGGCAACAUAGAUUGUAUGCAUUGGGAGUGGAAGAACUAUCCCGUUGCCUGGAAGGGGUUCUACACCACCGACUACAAGGGAAAGAAUCCCACGAUUAUCCUUGAGGCUGUAGCUGAUUACCGGCUGUGGAUUUGGCAUGCGUAUUUUGGGGUAGCCGGGUCGAACAACGACCUCAACGUCCUCAACUCGUUGCCCUUUUCAACAAGCAGUGCCAGGGCGUCGGUGAUAAGGCUCGUUUCAUGCAUUGGUUUUGGCUUAAAAUUCUGUGCAUUUGGGGCGCUAAUCUAUGUUUAUGAGUUCAGGUGCGUAGUAAUCUGCCGAACCUAGAAGUUUCUGUUACCUGACCUGGCAGAUGCAAAAGAGAAGAAAUUGAAGUAAAAAUCAAACGUCGUCGUCCAGACCUGGGAGAAUUAAAAGUUGGCGACAGGAACAGAAUGGAGCAUGAGCAGAACAUUUUAAAAGUCUUACUCAAGGGUAAGAGCGUCAAAUCACCAGAGGGAUACCCUAGGGAUCAGAGCCUCACAUAUAUAAAGAGCUCAACCUUGAAGAACAAGACAACCACUUCUACACACACUUUUAGUUCAAGCUCUUGUUCCAUUCCUUAGUUCCACACUUCAAAUUUCUCAUUUCACUUGCUGCGCACUUGGAGAUGGAGGAUUCUGGCCACCGUGGUUCUCAUCG